AUGCAAGACAAUAUGUUGGACGAUGUUAUAGAUGAUGGAUUUGUAUGGCAAGAUUAUCUGGAUGCUACGGAGAGCAUGGAAGUACCACAAAUAAUGUUUCCACAUGUAGAAUUAACUCUUCAAAGUGAAAUUGAAAUAGGAAUGGCUCUUGAAGUUCCAACAUCUAAAAGUACGAAUGAAGAAUGUUCAUACUGGAUAGCCACGAUUGUUGUUGCCUGUGAAUCCUUAUUAAGACUGAGAUACUUCGGCAGCGAUGAUAAAUCACUUGAAUUUUGGUUCAACCUAAAAAAAGAAACCGGCCAUGAACUGGGAUGGUGUCUGGGAAAUAAUAAAAAAUUAGAGCCACCAGAUGUAAUUUUACAAAAAUCUCCGGAUUGUUUAGAAAAACUUGGAGAUUUUCUAGGCUCUGCGAAAUCAAUACCUGUACAGGUGUUAUCUGGGGAAGAACUAAGUAUGGCUGAUAGAAUAAAACAAGGAAUGAAGGUUGAAGUCAGUGAUUUCUUUCAUCCCUAUAAAUUAUGGAUUGCUACUAUAAUAAGAAAUAUUGGAGGACGACUUUUGCUACGCUAUGAUGUACCAAAUAAUUCUCAAGCACCAAUUAAAGAUUUCUGGGUAUUUUGUACUUCAGAUUCUCUCCAUGAAUUUGGUUUCAGUGUUCAAUCAAACUCGAGUUGGUUUUUAGAACCACCAAGUUCGAUAGUAGACACUCAUACCUACGAAGAGUGGAAAGAGUUGAUAGAAAGUGGACUACAAAAUCAGCCAACAUCAUUGAAUUUAUUCAACAACACACAAUCUCCUCCUCGUCAUAAAUUCACUAUUGGUAUGAAAUUAGAGGCAGUUUGGCCUGCUACUCGCACCAAAAUAUCGCCAGCAACCGUAGUAAAAGUAUUCGACGAUUUAUAUUUCCUCGUUGAAUUAGACACAUUCAGUCCAAAUAAGAAGAGUAAUUGCUACGAUCCGAUGUAUUCAUAUGAUGAAAAAACCACAUGGCUUUGUACAGCAAACCAUCCUUACAUAUUCCCAGUAGGCUGGACUAAAGAACAUGACUUGAAAUUAACUGCUCCCAAAGGCUGGGGGUUGCACAAUCCCAGUGAGUUUAAUUGGGAUGUAUAUUUGGCUGAUACGUAUACAACAGCUGCACCUAAAGAAUUAUUUUAUUCACGAGAAUCUGCAAUUGAAACAGGCUUUGAAGUGGGUAUGCAUCUUGAAGCCGUUGAUCCGAUGAACGACAAUAGAAUUUGCGCUGGUCAUAUCAGCAACAUCAGCGAAGAUUUAUUGUGGAUAACACUUGACAAUCAUAAAACACGCGCUGUGCAUGUUGUUCACAUGCACUCACUGAAAAUAUUUCCCGUUGGUUGGUGUGAAUCUAAUCACUAUCCCCUGAAACCACCAAGAGAUUUUAAAGAAGUAUGCAAAAAAUUGGAAAGACCUGAGAAAGAAGACUUUAAGAAAACUACCAUUGAUUUACCCAUACCCGAAUCACGGUCCUCUUCGUGGUGUCCUAAAAUUUAUUUUAAUUACCGUUGCUUCACGGGUCCAAUGAUUUCCAAAGGAAAACUUGCUAAUUUACCCAAAUCCGUGGGUCCUGGACGGGUUAAUCUUGUGAUGAAAGAAGUACUUUCAAUGAUUGUAUCCGUUGGUUAUCGUAGUGCUCGGAUUUUAAAAGUUCUUCAAUGUGAUACCAAGCCUCAACCUGGUUAUCAUCUAGAAGUUUUAAAAGCCAAACAUAAAAACAAUACUUACCGUGCAAGUGUUGCUGUUGUUAGUUCUGGUGAAAUGGUGUCAGAAUUUUGUAGAGCUGUUUGCCAAAAAUUAAGUGUCUGUCCCAAUUUAUUUGGCCCAAAACAAAUUCCUGAGGAUGACUGUCCUGAUAGAUGUAAUCGAUCAACUAAAACUAAAUACUGUGAUAAUCGGCAAGCGAGGAAAACCUAAAGGAUAUACAAGUAUUAUGGAAGCUAAAACGAAACCUUGGGGUAAAAAACGACGCAAGAAACGUAUUGACGGCAAACCAAAAAAUUCACCUGAACCUGAGCAAGAUGACGAGGUGCCUUAUUCAUCUACAGACAUGCCUAAAGAAGAGAUUGAAGACUUUGAUAGCAAACCUUCUUUGUCUGAAACAGACGUAAUGAUUGAAAAAGAUUUACACAAGUCGGACAAAUCUGAUGAUAUUAAAACUGAAGUUCCUUCAAGUAAUGCUUCUGAUGAUUCUCGUAGCUCAUUUAAUGAUCGCAAAAGCAAGAAUAGUGCUGAUAGUCCGAUCAGUGAUACAAAUAAAAGUAAAAAUAGCAAUACUGUUACUAAUAACAGUAAUAAAUACAAUAAAGUAGUCAAAAAUAAAACAAAAACAAAGAAACGUGAACGUCACUGGGAAGAUUGUAAUGAAUCUGAUAACACUGAUCCUGAUCCUGAAGCAGAGCAACCCAAACCAGCAGCUAAACGCCCAAAAAUUCAAAAACUCAACACAAAUCCACUAUUUUGGAGUGUUGAUGAUGUAUUUAGGUAUCUUCGUAAGACUAAUGACUGUAAAGAUAUUGCAUACAGAGUUAAACAAGAGGAAAUUGAUGGCUUGGCAUUUCUAUUAUUAAAUUUACCUUCACUUACGGAGCAUAUGAAAUUACGCACAAAUAUAGCAAUGAAAUUAUGUCGACAUAUCGAACAAGUAAAGGUAACCUUUUUCUUGAAACACAUCAACGAAGAGAAACAGGAAAAACAUUAA